CCGAGUUCAGUCAUACUGCACCAGCUGAGCAAUGCACGGAGUGGACCUGUAGGCAACUUGCAUCAUCUUCAACAUGAAGAUAGCCACAGUGUCAGUGCUUCUGCCCUUGGCUCUUUGCCUCGUACAAGAUGCUGCCAGUGAGAAUGAAGAUCAGGAAAUAUGCCAUGAAUUUCAGGCAUUUAUGAAAAAUGGAAAACUGUUCUGUCCCCAGGAUAAGAAAUUUUUUCUAAGUCUUGAUGGAAUAAUGUUCAUCAACAAAUGUGCCACAUGCAAAAUUAUACUGGAAAAAGAAGCAAAAUCACAGAAGAGGAUCAGGCAUUUAGCAAGAGCUACCAAGGCUACUGCCCCAACAGAGCUGAAUUGUGAUGAUUUUAAAAAAGGAGAAAGAGAUGGGGAUUUUAUCUGUCCCGAUUUUUAUGAAGCUGUUUGUGGCACAGAUGGGAAAACAUAUGGCAACAGAUGUGAACUGUGUGCUGAGAAUGCGAAAACCGGGUCCCAAAUUGGUGUAAAGAGUGAAGGGGAAUGUAAGAGCAGUAAUCCAGAGCAGGAUGUAUGCAGUGCUUUUCGGCCCUUUGUUAAAGAUGGAAGACUUGGAUGCACAAGGGAAAAUGAUCCUGUUCUUGGUCCUGAUGGGAAGACGCAUGGCAAUAAGUGUGCGAUGUGUGCUGAGCUGUUUUUAAAAGAAACUGAAAAUGCCAAACGGCAGGGUGAAACUAGAAUUCGACGAAAUGCUGAAAAGGAUUUUUGCAAGGAAUAUGAAAAACAAGUGAGAAAUGGAAGACUUUUUUGUACACGGGAGAGUGAUCCAGUCCGUGGCCCUGAUGGCAGGAUGCAUGGCAACAAAUGCGCCCUGUGUGCUGAGAUUUUCAAGCGACGUUUUUCAGAGGAAAACAGUAAAACAGAUAAAAAUUCGGGAAAAGCUGAUGGAAAAACUAAAGUUAAAAGAGAAAUUUUGAAACUCUGCAGUGAAUAUGAAAAUCAGGCGAGGAAUGGAAUGCUUUUCUGUACCAGAGAAAACGACCCUAUUCGUGGUCCAGAUGGGAAAAUGCAUGGCAACUUGUGUUCCAUGUGUCAAGCCUACUUCCAAGCAGAAAAUGAAGAAAAGAAAAAGGCUGAAGCACAAGCUAGAAAUAAAAGAGAAUCUGGAAAAGCAACCUCAUAUGCAGAGCUUUGCAGUGAAUAUCGAAAGCUUGUGAGGAAUGGAAAACUUGCUUGCACCAGAGAGAAUGAUCCUAUCCAGGGCCCAGAUGGGAAAGUGCAUGGCAACACCUGCUCCAUGUGUGAAGUCUUCUUCCAAGCAGAAGAAGAAGAAAAGAAAAAGAAGGAAGGCGAAUCAAGAAACAAAAGACAAUCUAAGAGUACAGCUUCCUUUGAGGAGUUGUGUAGUGAAUACCGCAAAUUCAGGAACAACGGACCACUUUUUUGCACCAGAGAGAAUGACCCCAUCCAGGGCCCAGAUGGGAAAAUGCAUGGCAACACCUGCUCCAUGUGUGAGGUCUUCUUUCAACAAGAAGAAAGAGCAAGAGCAAAGGCUAAAAGAGAAGCUGCAAAGGAAAUCUGUAGUGAAUUUCGGGACCAAGUGAGGAAUGGAACGCUUAUAUGCACCAGGGAGUAUAAUCCUGUCCGUGACCCAGCUGGCGAAAUGCAUGGAAACAAGUGUGCCAUGUGUGCCAGCGUGUUCAAACUUGAAGAAGAAGAGAAGAAAAAUAAUAAAGAAGAAAAAGGGAAAGUUGAGGCUGAAAAAGUUAAGAAAGAAGCAGUACAGGAGCUGUGCAGUGAAUACCGUCAUUAUGUGAGGAAUGGACGACUCCCCUGUACCAGAGAGAAUGAUCCUAUUGAGGGUCUAGAUGGGAAAAUCCAUGGCAACACCUGUUCCAUGUGUGAAGCCUUCUUCCAGCAAGAAGCAAAAGAAAAAGGAGCUGAACCCAGAGCAAAAGUCAAAAGAGAAGCUGAAAAGGAGACAUGCGAUGAAUUUCGGAGUCUUUUACAAAAUGGAAAACUUUUCUGCACAAGAGAAAAUGAUCCUGUGCGUGGCCCAGAUGGCAAGACCCAUGGCAACAAGUGUGCCAUGUGUAAGGCAGUCUUCCAGAAAGAAGAUGAGGAAAGAAAGAGGAAAGAAAAGGAAGAUCAGAGAAAUGCUGCAGGACAUGGUUCCAGUGGUGGUGGAGGAGGAAACACUCAGGAUAAAUGUGCUGAGUUUCGGGAACAAAUGAAGAAUGGAAGACUCAGCUGUACUCGGGAGAGUGAUCCUGUACGUGAUGCUGAUGGCAAAUCAUACAACAAUAAGUGUACGAUGUGUAAAGCAAAAUUGGAAAGAGAAGCAGAGAGAAAAAAUGAUGAUUCUCACUCCAGCUCAAAUGGGACUGGAUCAGAAUCAGGGAAGGAUACAUGUGAUGAGUUUAGAAACCAAAUGAAAAAUGGAAAACUUAUCUGCACUCGAGAAAGUGACCCUGUCCGGGGUCCAGAUGGCAAGACACAUGGCAAUAAGUGUGCUAUGUGUAAGGAAAAACUGGAAAGGGAAGCAGCUGAAAAAAAAAAGAAAGAGGAUGAAAACAGGAGCAAUACAGGAGAAAGGAGCAAUGACAAAGAGGAUCUGUGUCGUGAAUUUCGAAGCAUGCGGAUAAAUGGGAAGCUUAUCUGCACCAGAGAGAAUAACCCUGUUCGAGGCCCAUAUGGCAAGAUGCACAUCAAUAAAUGUGCUAUGUGUCAGAGCAUCUUCGAUCGAGAAGCUAAUGAAAGAAAAAAGAAAGAUGAAGAGAAAUCAAGUAGCAAGUCCUCAAAUAAUGCAAAGGACCAGUGCAGACAGGUUCAGAAUGAGGCAGAGGAUGCAAAGUUUAGACAACCUGUGCGUUCCUUGGCCUCUGUUGCCAGGAUAAGUACAGAUGAGUGCAGUGAAUUUCGAAACUAUAUAAGGAACAAUGAGCUCAUCUGCCCUAGAGAGAAUGACCCAGUGCACGGUGCUGAUGGAAAGUUCUAUACAAACAAGUGCUACAUGUGCAGAGCUGUCUUUCUAACAGAAGCUUUGGAAAGGGCAAAACUUCAAGAAAAGCCAUCCCAUGUUAGAGCUUCUCAAGAGGAAGACAGCCCAGACUCUCUCAGUUCUCUGGAUUCUGAGAUGUGCAAAGACUACCGAGUAUUGCCCAGGAUAGGUUAUCUUUGUCCGAAGGAUUUAAAGCCUGUCUGUGGUGAUGAUGGCCAAACCUACAACAAUCCCUGCAUGCUCUGUCAUGAAAAUCUGAUACAUCAAACAAAUACACACAUCCGCAGUACAGGGAAGUGUGAGGAGAGCAGCACCCCAGAAACAACCGCUGCCAGUAAGCCCACAUCUGAUGAAUGAUGGGAAGAUUGUUGAAAGCCAUGAGGGAAAAAAUAAACCCCAACUCUGAAUCACCUACCUUCACCUCUGUAUAUACAAAGAAUUCUUUGGAGCUUGUCUUAUUUGCUACAGAAAACAAUACAGAGCUGUUGGCAAUAGACUCACUGAUUUUCAGUCUUUUCCAUCUCUUUCCUUCUAGACUCCGUAAUCUGAGGGUAUAAAGAAACCUCCACCAAGUCUGAGCCCUCGAAAUGUCCUGAUUACAAUGCUGUCUGUCCAACUGCCUGUUCAAUAAAAGCAAACUCAGCAGAACACCCUU